AUGGCUGCAAUGGUUAUGUCCAACAAUGAGCCGCUACACCAAAUCGCGGCGUUGAAAGAAUCAACAAACUUGCUCCACGAAAGCUCGACCCAGUCGGGACUUACCUACCAUGCGAAGGAGGAGCUUCGGCAACUUCUCACGGUCAUCUGUCUUUCAGAGCGACACCUAGAAACUCAACGGAGUACGGAGCCAAGCGUGCAGAAGAAAUUGCAAGUCUACCAGUCUAUUCUGGAGGACUUGCAGAAACUUCAAAAAUGUACCGGGGCUGUAGACUCUCAGAGCGUUAUUGAAGAUAUCCGUGCUCUGCUUUCUGAUGUGGUCUUUGGCCUCAGUAUCAUGAACGCACAUAUGAUAGUAUCUUCCCAGAACAGCAUGAACUUAAUGUUGCGCGACUACAUUAUUGAAGUUGCUACCCGAAGGCGAGAUGCCUACGUUUUAUCUAGUAUUUUCAAUGCAGAUUCGGAGUGGGAGAAAGACAAGGCUUGGGAAAAUCUACAAAAAGAACUCGAGGAUUUUGGAAUGACACCAGAGCAAUCAGGGCAAGAGCAGGACUUUAUCCUUAUGACUCUUCGGAAGGCAGCCCUCGAGAGUAGGCUUCUAGGAAACAUUGUUUACAAGCCGUCCGCUCUCGACAUUCCCGAUGCUCCAUCACCAACGACAUUCACCAACUCGUCAAAUGCAGGUGGCAGCUCCUCGUCGGUAUAUUCAAACAGCUCAAGCGAAUCGCCCUCAUCAGAAGCCUCCGAAAGGGCGUCCCAGCUAGACUUCCAAAUGCCCGUCUCAGUGAACGUUGGGGCUAAACAAAAACAACGUCUCACAUUGCAAACUUUCGGGCUUGAUGAUUUCCGCGACCACGAUCCUUCAACCCUCGCAUUUCAUUAUGCUCAAGACGCAAUCAUGUCAACUUCACCGGGACCCAUUGCUGAAGCCUCAGAACCGAACUUAUUAAAACCCAGCGCAAUGGAUACGGAUACGCCGGUCAUACCAAACUUUAUCCCCGGAGACACAACAGACGACGAGUUCAGAUGCCGUUCUGCGUCAGAGGGCAAUAUCAUAGCUACUCCCUCAACGCCCACACCUCAAACCAUAACCCAGGUUACGGCUGGCAACUUGAAAGGCAAGAGGCCUGGUCUCAUGAGUCGCAUGAAGUACAAGAUGAGUAGCAACAAGGAUGAUUUCAGUGGCCUGAUUAAGUCCGGCGAUGUGGAAGCAAUCAAGACUGCGCUUGAUCGAGGCGCCAGUGCGAAUACCGAGAACUCUCUGGGCCAGCCGAUUCUCAUCGUCGCCGUCUCGAACGGUCAUCAAGAAGUUGUCACCGUGCUCCUCGACUACGGUGCAAGAGUAGACACGAUAGGAGCAGCUGGUGAUACAGCGCUCUCGUUGGCUACUUCGCGCGGAUUCGAAGACAUUGCCCAAAUGCUACUUACUCGGGGUGCGAAUCCCAAUGCUGCGACACACUGUGGAAAAACAGCCCUCUCCCAGGCCGCAGUGACAGGAAAUAUGACAUUGGCACACCUCCUCCUGGACUUUGGUGCCGAAAUCAACGCUUACACUGUAACCGGAGAGACGGCUCUUUCAUACGCCGCUGGAAAUGACCACUAUGAAGUUGCUGAAUUGCUUCUUGUCAGAGGGGGAUCUCCUGAUAAAGUCGGCCCUGGCGGUCAGACACCUCUCUUCAAGGCUGUUGACAAUGAAAGCCUUCGCAUGGUAGAGCUAUUGCUGGACAAUGGCGCAGAUCCAAACAAGGCUAGCCGCAACCAGACUCCUCUGAAAUUUGCCAUUCGCGAAUGCAAGAAUGAUGUUCUGUCGUUGUUCAUUCGAUAUGGAUUUUAUAACACAGGCUACCGCAAGAACGCGAACAGACGAGCUAGCAGGGUUGGCAUGGGGGGACUGAGCAGUAUGGCCGCUGGCGCUGCUGAAAUCGGCGGGUCUUCUCAAUUAAGAUUCCAGGGUGUUUAA